GAGAAACAUGGCGGCCCGGUGGAGUAGUGAGAAUUUCGUGGUGGAGUUUAGAGACGCUCAGGCUACUGCAAUGUCAGUGGACUGUCUUGGCAACUAUGCUGUACUUUCUGGGAGACGAUUUUUAUAUGUUGUGAACCUUGAGACCCCCUCUGAGGCUCCUCGAAAAAUAGGCCGUCAGAGCAAGUGGGAUGUCGGGACUGUGCAGUGGAACCCGCAUAAAACAGAAGCCCACUUAUUCGCUGCGUCUAGUAACCAGCGAGUAGACCUGUAUGUCUGGCGUGAUGGAUGUGGAGAGGCUCACACUUCCCUGCAAGGCCACACACGAGUUAUAAGUGAUUUGGAUUGGUCCUGGUUUGAGCCAGAAUUUCUUGUUACAAGUUCUGUGGACACUUAUAUCUACAUAUGGGACACAAGAGACACUCGAAAACCAACAGUAGCCCUCUCUGCAGUGGCGGGGGCCUCUCAAGUGAAGUGGAACAGAAGGAAUCAGCACUGCCUUGCUUCCAGUCAUGAUGGAGAUGUUCGAAUCUGGGACAAAAGGAAACCUAAUACAGCUGUGGAAUAUGUGGCUGCUCAUUUAUCAAAGAUUCAUGGCUUAGACUGGCAUCCUGAUAAUGAAUAUAUCCUAGCAACCUCCAGCCAGGACAACUCAGUUAGGUUCUGGGACUAUAGACAACCUCGAAAAUACCUCAAUAUAUUGUCCUGCCAAGUUCCUGUUUGGAAGGCCAGAUACACACCCUUCUCCAGCGGGCUGGUGACAGUGAUGGUGCCACAGCUGCGACGGGAGAACAGCCUGCUGCUGUGGAGCACCCUGGACCUCAACAGUCCCGUCCACGCCUUUGUGGGUCACGAUGAUGUGGUGCUAGAGUUUCAGUGGAGGCCUCAGAAAGAGGGCUCUAAGGACUGCCAGCUCGUUACGUGGUCCAGAGAUCAGACAUUGAGAAUAUGGAGGGUAGAUCCUCAGCUACAAAAGCUGUGUGCCAACGACAUUGUGGAGGAGUUAAUGGAGGGCAUGACUCUCACAGCAGAGUCAGAGAAGACACUUCGCUCUCAGGAUUCAGAACCUCCUCUCAGUACGAGCCUAACUGCAGAUGACUCUCAAGGUGAGACUGAGGGCCUGCAGUCUGGUGUGAUGUCCAGUGGCAGGCAGGAUCCUCCAGGCCUGCCGCAGACCCUGCAGCAAGAGUUCUCUUUGGUCAACCUGCAGAUUCGCAAUGUCAAUGUGGAGAUGGAUGCUUUGAAUCGCACCUGCUUCGUGUCAGCCCACUGUGGAGCCAACCAAGUUAGACUUGUAGUGAAGUUUCCAGCCCAGUACCCAAACAAUGCUGCACCAUCUUUCCAGUUCGUCACUCCUACAACAAUUUCAUCCUCCAUGAAAACGAAGAUACAGAAGAUCUUGACAGACACAUCACUUCAGAAAGUGAAAAGAAACCAAAAUUGCUUAGAGCCCUGUGUGAGGCAGCUGGUGUCUUGCCUGGAGUCAGAUAUGGAAGACGGUACUAAUCCACAUGCGUUCAGCAACUCCGUGAACCCCACACUUCCUGCCUUCCCCCGGGUCACCAACACCUACGGCUCCUACCAGGAUGCCAACAUCCCCUUCCCACGCACCUCAGGGGCAAGAUUCUGUGGCACAGGCUUUCUGGUCUAUUUUACCCGACCCAUGUCUAUGCAUUACACCGUGCCCUCUACAGAACCCACACCCAGGUCUCUCUCGGCACUCUCGGCGUACCACAGCGGCCUCAUGACCCCUAUGAAGAUGCGCAGUGAGUCACAGGCCACACUCAGGCUGUACAGCGGGAGCCCGACCCGCACAGAUAAAGAGCACGUCUCCAUCUCCUCCUUCUACUAUAAGGAACGGAAAUCUCGGCGUUGGAAAGGGAAACGAGAAGGAACCGACUACAGCAACAGAACUACAAAACUGGCUGGCAAAGUCAUCAUUCAGGAAAUCUCCUGUCUCCUCCCCAUCCACAAAGCACUUGGAGAGACCUACAUACUUAAUGUGAAUGACAUACAGGACACAUGUCAGAAAAAUGCAGCUGCAGCCCUGGCAGUAGGGCGCCGAGAUUUAGCGAAGGUAUGGGCCCUUGCCUCGGCAGCUACCAGUCUUGACCUGUGCCCUGACUCUGACCCUGACGCUGACACCCCUUGGGCCAGGCACCCAUUUGGACGACAGCUACUGGAAACAUUGCUUGAACACUACAGUCAAAUGAGUGACGUGCAGAGUCUGGCCAUGCUGUGCAGCGUGUUCCGGGGCCAGGGGGUUCCCCAGGACUAUUUCUCGCUGUAUGGUCCCCGCACCUCCGGAUUUACCGUACAUCACUCCCGCUAUCCCAGCUGCACAUCCAGCUCUGUCACAUCUGGUUCCUGCUCUAGUACCUCAGACUCUACCACGACCACCACAUGGAACAUGGGUGGCCGGGAUUCAGAACAAGCCACACCUUGGGGAGAGUCCUCACCUGACGACUAUCGCUAUGCCAACCAGUUGUACACUGACCCACGGGAGCGUGAGAAGGAGCAGCAUGACAUGAACAAAAGAUUAUUGGACCCGGCCAAUACUUUGCAGUUUGAUGACUUCAAGAAGACUUACGGUGAAAUCCUGCACCACUGGGGCCUGAAAGAAAAGAGGGCUGAGGUUCUAAAAUUUGUUUCAUGCCCUCCAGAGCCGCACAAGGGGAUAGAGUUCGGAGUGUACUGCUGCCACUGUCGGAGCCAGGCCCGGGGCAUGCAGUGUGCCGUCUGCAAGCGCUUCACCUUUCAGUGUGCCAUCUGCCAUGUGGCUGUGCGUGGCUCCUCCAAUUUCUGCCUGAGCUGUGGACAUGGUGGACACACAUGCCACAUGAUGGAAUGGUUCCGCUCGCAAGAAGUUUGUCCUACAGGCUGCGGCUGCCACUGUCUCCUGCAAAGUACUUUCUGAAGUUUCUUGGGACUUCUUGGGACACACAUACAGAUCACUGGGUGUGCCUUAAACCUCUUGGUACUGUGAUGAGGCUUGAUCUGCCAAUCUUGUCACUAUGUGAAACAGCACUAAUAGAGACAAUUGUUUUGCUGUGGAUAGACUGGCCCUAAUAUGAGUAAUGCUUCCAAAAGUAUGCAAGGAACAUCACAAAUCAUAAUGGAUUUAAGAUGGAUUUAAGGCUUUUUAAAAAAAAAAAAAAACUUUAAUAAGGUGGUGCCAUUUUUGUAGUUGUUUCUUUUGAAUGGAUUGGUUGCUCUAUGUAGUGUCAAGAGGUUUCUCAAGAGUCCUGUGAAGUUGAGCACCUAUGGAAAGGGGAAUCAGUGUGCUGCUGAAUCCUCAAACAUGGUCAUCCACCCUGAAAUAGGCCAUUUUGUUUGUUUUGGUCUUUUCAUUUGAAAAUAAUAUUUUAGAAUUGUGCUCUUCUAUAAGGGAAUAUUGACAGAUAAACCAGCAUUUACACAGUUUAUGCCAUAAAUGCAGAAAUAAAUUUGUUCAAAUUUCUUCCUGA